CUGCUACCUAACUAUUGCCUAUAUGUCACACAUCUGAUGAUCCUAUGUAGCCCAAAUGUUCUGCAGAUACUGUAUAGCGUCGACUCCGAAAAGACAAUACAAUGUAUACGUGUCCACGUCUUGAUGUAUACGUCGAAGCUGCUACUCCCAUUCCUGAUGGCAAAGGUGAUUUAUCAAUGGGAGCUCGGCUGGCGGGACGGUUGAAGAGGUGGAUUCCGACUGCGAAGCAGGUGCCCGCGGGGCAUAGCGAACGCGCGAGUGUGAGGUUGGACAAGCGAGUAAUGGGGGACAAGGCGAUGCUUGGAGUAAGCUCUAGACUGGAUUUAUUUCACACAAUACUCCGAGAGCGGCGUAUGGGCGCACGAAAGUCGCUCGGACUGCUCUUCCCUGAAUUUGAGGCCUGCGAAAAUGAGACGACCAUAAAACGGCAUCGGCCUGUUUCAUGUGAUCUUCGGGGCUUGCGUCCACUUGAACGAGAUUUGGCAGUGGCACGGGAAAGAGGGCGAGCCGAAACAUAAUAGAAGGGUAAUAUGCCAUGCUAAUAUACAUGCACAAUCACCAAGGAGGUGCUCAUUACGAGGAGCGUCUCGACAUCUUGACCCAAAGGCCGCCCUGUGGCAUGGUGUGUUGAGCCUAGCGCCUUCGAACGCCCAAGAAAACGUACCUUGACAAACAAGGUCAUAGCAUUCGAUGGCCAGAUUCGUUCAUAUUGUUGACGCCCC